UCACGUUCUACAGACACAGUAGUUGAACUUCUCUUUGGAAAGAUCUGAUCUUUCUCUUUCACUACCAAUGGAUAUUCAGAGAGGAGGGUACAAUCUCUCUUUCUAGUCUUUUUUGUUUCAUAGAAAAAAAAUCUCUGUAUAUAUAGAACAACAAUGGAAGCUUUCUGAGAUCUGGGAACUCUCAUUCACAGACUUAUAAAAGAAUGGGGAGGAAGGGGAGCUGGUUUUCUUCAGUGAAGAAGGCAUUCAGCCCAGAAUCUAAGGAAAAGAAGGAACAGAAAGCAAAUAAAUCGAAGAACAGAUUGUUGGGAAAGGAGAAGCUUGACGUUCCGAAUUCUGCAACUCUCGAGACUUCCACUGCUUCACCUCAUCAUCAGGAAGAGGUAAAAUUGGCAGAAGUAGAGAAAGAAGUUGCCACUUCUGCAGUGGCUGAAGAUGCUAUUGUGGCCGCUGCAGAAGCUGUUCAAUCAGCUGAAGUUGCAAAGUUCUCGGGCAAAUCCAAUGAAGAGGAAGAGGCUGCUGCAAAGGUUGUUCAAUCAACUGCACCCGCAAAGUUUUCAGGCAAGUCGAAGGAAGAAGCUGCAGCAAUCAGAAUCCAGACUGCGUUUCGAGGGUACCAGGGUAGGAUGGCUUUUAAGGCUUCGAGAGGACUUGUGAGACUAAAAUCUCUUAUCGAAGGGCCACCUGUCAAACGACAAACUGCAAAUGCGUUGAAAUGCAUGCAGACGCUUAGCCGCUUACAAUCUCAGAUUCAUUCGAGAAGAAAUAGGAUGUUGGAGGAAAAUCAAGCUCUGCAGAGGCAGCUUCUGCAGAAACAUGCAAAAGAGCUCGAGAACUUCAGGAGAGGGGAUGAAUGGGAUGAUAGUCUACAAUCAAAAGAGAAAAUUGAAGCAAGCUUGUUAAGCAGGUAUGAAGCUGCAAUGAGACGUGAGAGAGCACUCGCUUAUUCAUAUUCUCAUCAGCAAACUUGGAAAAAGUCAUCGAGAUCUCCCAAUCUGUUGUUUAUGGAUCCAACCAAUCCUCAGUGGGGUUGGAGCUGGUUAGAGCGGUGGAUGGGCGCCCAGCACCCAUCAGAGGCUCACGGUACAGCAGAACGAGAACUUAAAACCGAUCAGAUAUCAGCAAAAAGUGUCAAUCUGGGCCUUUCUGUGGGAGAAAUUACCAAGUCUUUUGCUCGCCAUCAGCUAAAUGCUGAACAGCCUUCUUCGCCAGCCAGCCAAAAACCAAGUCGAGCACGCCCUUCAAACCACCAUUCCCCUGCUAUGACAACCAAACAACCCUCUUCAAAGAAGCCGAAGCCUCCCAGCCCGAGAGUGAGGGUAGCCAGCCAAGACGAUGAUGCAAAAAGCGUGUUUAGUGUCCAAUCAGACCGCAACAGAAGGCAUAGCAUUGGUGGAUCAUCAGUAAGAGAUGACGAGAGUUUGGCAAGCUCCCCGUCCUUCCCAAGUUACAUGGCGAGCACUCAAUCAGCAAAGGCCAAGACUCGUGCCACACAAAGCCCCUUAGCUGUGGAGAAUUGGACUCCAGAAAAGGGAUCCAUUGGUUCUGUGAAAAAGCGGCUUUCAUACCCUCCUUCACAAGCCUUAUCAAGACGCCAUUCAGGCCCCCCGAAGAUGGACACCUCCAUAGCUGAACCUGAAACGAACGGGGAGAUCAAUUAGGUAUUUUUCUUGCAAACUCUGCCUUAGCAUGUUUGGUAAACUUGUGUGUUCAUUGCAGAGAAGAUGUAAACAGUAAUGGAACAUUGAUUUGUGAGAUACUUCAAACACAGUUUUUAUUGAUUCAUUCUUGAAUGGCUUGGAGUUGGAGGGGGUUUGAUUCCAGAUAAAUUCCAAUAUAGAAUUCCCCAUUUGUGUUUAGAUUGUGUGAUUAUCAUUCUUACAUUAAUCUCAUUGUGUUUAUACUGAAAA